CUGUCCCAGCCAUUGCUCCGGGGUCUCUCUCUUUCAAGCUUCGUAGUAGUAUGAGGAAUAACGGUGAACAUAUCAAAGAUGACCCCUUAAACGAUUUAUAAAUAAAGGUGUAUAUAUAUAUAUAUAUAUAUAUAUAUAUAUAUAUAUAUAUAUACACGUAAAAAAAAAACGGCCAUUGUUAAGAGAGCGUGUGUUAUAUUCUGGUGAAAAGUGUGAAAUGUAUGAAUAUGUAAUGUGAUGUUGAUGAAGAAGUAUGGAUGGUUUUGGUUCAGUGACUAAUAAGAAUCAGAGCUGAAUGCAUGCAUGCAUGUAUGUAUGUAUGCAUGUAUGUAUGUAUGCAUGUAUGUUAUACUGCUUUUAUGAAAUAAUAUGAUGGGUGGUGCAUCAUGUAUCUAAAUAAGUAAAACGGUAGUUUCUGCAUCAGUAGCCAAUUUACAGAGCGAUAUGGUCCGAUCUUCAGCUUCAACCGCCAAUUUCAGUACUUCAAACUUCGCCUCCAAGAAACACCAGUGUCUUGUCUUCCUCAAGCUCUGUUCCUCCAUAAAACAUCUCUUGCAAAUCCAUGCCCAGAUCCUCAUCUCCGGUCUCCAAUCCGACACCUUUGUCCUCAGCGAACUCGUACGUGUCUCCUCCUUAUCUCCCGCGAAAGAUCUCGCCUAUGCACGAACCCUCUUGUUUGGUUCUUUGGAUUCAACUCCUUCUACUUGGAAUAUGCUUAGCAGAGGCUAUUCUUCGAGCGAUUCCCCUGUCGAAUCGAUUCGGGUUUACUGUGAGAUGAAGAAAAGAGGAAUUAGACCGAACAAGCUUACUUUCCCGUUUCUUCUCAAGGCGUGCGCAUCGUUUUUCGGUCUCGCGGCAGGUAGACAGAUUCAAGUUGAGGUUUUGAAGCUUGGGUUCGAUUCUGAUGUCUAUGUCGGAAACAACUUGAUCCAUUUCUACGGCUCUUGUAAUAAAACUUCGGACGCGAGGAAAGUGUUCGACGAAAUGCUUGAGAGGAACGUUGUUUCGUGGAACUCUGUGAUGACUUCUCUCGUGGAGAACAAUAAGUUCGAUUUUGGGAUUUCGUACUUUCUCGAGAUGAUGGAUUGUGGGUUUCAUCCGGAUGAGACAACAAUGGUGGUAAUGCUCUCUGCCUGUGAUGCCAACUUGAGCAUGGGGAAAUUGGUACAUUCCCAAGAGAUCACAAGAGGGUUAGAGUUGAAUUGCCGAUUAGGUACUGCCCUCGUUGACAUGUACGCAAAGGCCGGUGGUUUAGAUUACGCUAGGUCCGUUUUCGUGAGAACAGAUGAGAAAAAUGUUUGGACUUGGAGUGCGAUGAUUCUGGGAUUGGCACAAUAUGGAUUUGCUGAAGAAGCCCUUGAGCUUUUCUCGACGAUGAGGAAGGAAACGUUGGUUAAACCAAACUAUGUGACAUUUCUCGGUGUUUUAUGCGCUUGUAGCCACGCGGGUUUGGUGGAGGACGGGUACAAAUACUUCCAUGAGAUGGAGCACAAACACAAGAUCAAGCCGAUGAUGGUUCAUUAUGGUGCAAUGGUCGAUAUCUUAGGACGUGCUGGUCUUCUAAACGAAGCGUACGAUUUCAUAAAGAAAAUGCCUACGGAGCCUGAUGCCAUCGUGUGGAGGACUCUUCUCAGCUCGUGCAGCAUACAUCCCGAUAAAGACGGUGAAGGAAUCAGUGAGAAGGUGAGUAAGAGAUUGCUUGAAUUAGAACCGAAAAGGGGCGGGAAUUUUGUGAUUGUUGCUAAUAUGUUUGCUGAGGCCGGGAUGUGGGAUGAGGCGGCUAAAGUGAGGAGAGUUAUGAAGGAUGAGAAGAUGAAGAAAAUGGCUGGAGAGAGCUGUCUCGAGCUUGGAGGGUCUGUUCAUAGAUUCUUUUCAGGAUAUGAUCCUCAUCCUGCCUUUGUAUGCAUCUAUGAAUUAUUAGAUUUGUUGAAGAUACACUUGACAACAAUUGAUGUGAUCUUGUGAUCAUAAAUGAUUUCUUUCUGUACUUUGACAUCUAUACUAUAUCUAUAUUGCUUC